AUGCAUGUGCACAGCAGCGUAACAUCUGUGAAAUGUGUCAGAACGCAUGAUGUGGAACGCACUGACGUAGGACGUGGACAGAGACUUGAUGAGGCAUUUCUCGACCGCAUACGCCCCAAUGGUGCUAAAAACAGACGUAAGUUGCUUAGCGGUUUUUCCGGUAGCAUUGUUCCAGCUUUCACGAAUGUCAGAGCGACUUAUCCAACAAUCAACAGCGUGAGCAUCGACGCAUGUGAAAAUAUGAGCACAGUCUGCGGUAGAACGCAGCUGUCCGAUUGGCGUGGAAUCUCAAGCGCAAGUCGAGUUUAUGUAGCAAACGGGUACGAAAUAUCAGAUGAUCUGCAAAGGAGACGUGUUGAGGUGCUGGAGAAGCGUUACGGUGGACGAGCACGUGCGCAUCGAGCAGCGAUCGUCAUUCAACGAGCUUAUCGUGACUAUCGCAUGAACCGGCGAUGGAGAGAGAUGACGUCACCUAAUCAAAGAUCUCUUGGACUUGAAGAACAAUUGCUUAUCUCAUCAAAGGCUUCAACAUCGAAGCUGUCAAAGAAUCUCGCAUCCAACAGGUACCUGCCUUCAACUUCAUUAAGCGCUCAGCUACGCGCUGAUCGCGCACAGUUGGCUGGUUCAUCUGAGUUAUUAGCCAGGAACAAGCGAACUCCACCAUCACCAUCGCCGUCAUCUCCACACCCUAACAGGAGCAUGAUUGACAGUCUAAUGUCUCCGCGGCUGGUGCAACGAAGAUUUCCGCCUGCCGAACGUUUCGGCUCCGCACAUGCUCCCGGAUGUGCAAGUGCAUGUAAUGGCAAUGUCGUAUGGGUACCUCGUACAAGCAUUACGUCGUCUCCAAAUCUUAGCAAUUCAAAUAGCCUUUCUCGAAUAGAAAAGGUUGGGAUCAGAAGCGAACCUGAGCCUCCACGCCCGCAGAUUCGAUACUACAGUGAACAGGAACGAAAGCGACAAUACCGGAUAGCCCUUAAUUUUUUCAACAAAAAGCCUGAACGAGGAGUUCAAUUAUUGACCGCAUGGCGCUUUGUCGAUGAUUCGGCCGAAUCGCUUGCCAAUCUGCUGUUUGGAAGGCGAGGGCUCAGCAAGCAGAUGGUCGGCGAGUACAUUGCAACGUUACACUCCACGUUCCACUCAUGUGUCUUGAAGUACUUUAUUGGUCAAAUAGAUGUUCGUGGUCUAGAGGUGGAUGUGGCCCUCAGAAAAGCCAUGCAGUACUUUUUUCUUCCGAAAGAAGCUGAGAAAAUUGACAAGAUCAUCCAGGAAUUUGCUCAGCACUAUGCAAAAUGCAAUCCGAAACGAACAAAACAGUUUCGCGGUGGAUGGGACACUAUUCAUAUGAUCGCUUUCGCUGUCAUAAUGCUCAAUACUGAUCUUCACUCACCUAAUCUAAAGAAUUCUCAAAGAAUGCAAUUAGAGCAGUUCAUUCACAAUUUGCGUGGACAAGAUAAAAUGCGCGGCGAGAAGGAAGGUUUAGAUAUCGAUAGAACUUGUUUGCAAGGGAUUUAUGAGCGUGUUCGAGCGGAAGAGAUCCGUCCCGGUGAUGACCAUGUUGCGCAGGUCGCACGCGUCGAUGCUGCGAUUGUCGCUCGGGACAAACCGCGGCUAACUGAAACGCAACGACGUCUGGUUUGUUACUGUCGGCUCCAGCAAGUACUGGAUCCAUCCCGAAAACAGUCUGUUGGCUCUCAUGAGAGGGAUGUGUUCCUUUUUAAUGACAUGCUUGUGGUUGCGAAAGCUAUCAAUAGGCGGCGUUCAUCCUCACACACUUCUUAUACGCUCAAGCAUUGGUUACCUCUGCUAGGUGCUAGGGUAAAUGAGUUCAAGAGACCUCAUUACGAGUUUGGCUUGACGAUAACUGGACCUGGACCUGACGGUCAAUUUUUACAUUUCAAUGCUAGGAAUUUUGAUGACAGAUGUCGAUUUGUGGCUGAUGUGGUAGAGUCCAUCCGCGAAUCCUGCCAGAUGGAAGAAGUGCGGUUGGAACUCGAAAUGGAGAAGCACACUCUGCGCACCGACAGCCAGCGAGACAGCGGACUUCCCGAAAUUGACGGAAACGAGUGUCUCCUUCCCAGAAAUCCCGCGAGCGGUGGUUUGGUGCCUACCUUUCGUCGCCUCUCCUUCAACUCCCUUGACUCCGGAGUAGUCGAAGAGCCUUGCGAAAGCAAUUCCUAAGCGUGCGUUCUCUAAUCAUCGUGAUCUCGUUGGUGGUUCUUCAUAUCGGCUUUCGUCGUCUAGUUGUAGUGAUUCUACGUGUCAUUGCUCAUAGUUUUCUAUAAUUUUUACGGUGCUGUAUUGCUUAAUCGUGCUCACUAGACAGGGAAUGGGCCCCAUUUUGACCACUAUUACUCUGACCAACUCAACUUGCCUCACCCGUCGUGUCUUUGUAUGCCCCCGAUCUAAUCUCCCACUACUUUUCUCAUCACAUUUGCCUAUGAGUUUCGCACGUUUCACUUGCAUCUAAUUCACUACGAGGUACGUCCUGAGAUUAUCCCCAUCACUUCACUUCGUUUUUGAAUUUGUUUUUUUCUGAAUGCACUCUUCACUUCAAUCAAUCUCGAGGCUCCCUUUUACAUCAACUAGUGUUCUAUGACUAGUUCUAAUCAUUUGUCCACUGCUAGGUCGCUCACUGACCUCCACGAAUGUGCCACUAAUGUAUUAUUUUUGAACUUGCCAUUCCGCUGAACAUAGGACAUUAGACCGUGUAUACUUCUAAGUCAUAU